GUGUCAUGGCGGCCUGAGGUCCGGGGAGUCGGUCCGGGCGCUGCAGGCCCCUCCCUGCGGAGCGGCGGGUCCGGGCGGGGAUGUGACGGCGGGCGCCGCGGGCCUGCCUGGCGCGUCGUGUCGGCUCGCGUGUCCUCGCCCCAGCCCGCACCAUGGCGGGGUCCGGCUGCGCGUGGGGCGCCGAGCCGCCGCGCUUCCUGGAGGCCUUCGGGCGGCUGUGGCAGGUCCAGAGCCGCCUGGGCAGCGGCUCCUCGGCCUCGGUGUACCGGGUGCGGUGCUGCGGCACCCCGGGCUCGCCCCCCGGCGCCCUCAAGCAGUUCCUGCCUCCGGGAACCACCGGGGCUGCGGCCUCGGCCGCGGAGUAUGGUUUCCGCAAAGAGAGGGCGGCGCUGGAGCAGUUGCAGGGUCACAGGAACAUCGUGACUUUAUAUGGAGUCUUUACCAUACACUUCUCUCCAAACGUGCCAUCACGCUGUCUGCUGCUUGAACUCCUGGAUGUCAGUGUUUCCGAAUUGCUUUUAUAUUCCAGUCACCAGGGCUGCUCCAUGUGGAUGAUACAGCACUGUGCCAGAGAUGUUCUGGAGGCCCUUGCUUUUCUUCACCAUGAGGGCUAUGUCCAUGCCGACCUCAAACCACGAAACAUCCUGUGGAGUGCGGAGAAUGAAUGCUUUAAGCUUAUUGACUUUGGACUCAGCUUCAAAGAAGGCAAUCAGGACGUAAAGUAUAUUCAGACAGACGGGUAUCGCGCUCCUGAAGCAGAGCUGCAGAACUGCUUGGCCCAGGCUGGCCUGCAGAGUGAUACAGAAUGUACCUCAGCUGUUGAUCUGUGGAGCCUCGGAAUCAUUUUACUGGAAAUGUUCUCAGGAAUGAAACUGAAACAUACAGUCAGAUCUCAGGAAUGGAAGGCAAACAGUUCUGCUAUUAUUGAUCAUAUAUUUGCCAGUAAAGCAGUGGUGAAUGCCGCAAUUCCAGCCUAUCACCUCAGAGACCUUAUCAAAAGCAUGCUUCAUGAUGACCCAAGCAGAAGGAUCCCUGCUGAGAUGGCAUUGUGCAGCCCAUUCUUUAGCAUUCCUUUUGCCCCUCAUAUUGAAGAUCUGGUGAUGCUUCCGACUCCAGUGCUCAGGCUCCUCAAUGUUCUGGAUGAUGAUUAUCUUGAAAAUGAAGAUGAAUAUGAAGAUGUUGUAGAAGAUGUGAAAGAGGAGUGUCAGAAAUAUGGACCAGUGGUUUCUCUGCUUGUUCCAAAGGAAAAUCCUGGCAGAGGACAGGUCUUUGUUGAGUACGCAAACGCUGGCGAUUCCAAAGCUGCUCAGAAGUUGCUGACUGGGAGGAUGUUUGACGGGAAGUUUGUUGUGGCUACAUUCUACCCGCUGAGUGCCUACAAGAGGGGAUAUCUUUAUCAAACCUUGCUUUAAUCAGUAACCUAAGGACUAUUUCCUGUUUCUCCUCUUCCAUUUCUUGGAUUAUUAUAUUCCACAGCUGAAUGCAGGAGCACCCCUUUACCCAUUUUAAAGGGUACCUUGUACAUUUAUUUAAUCCUACUAAUGUGCAGCCAUUGCACAGACAGUGACUGCAUUGCAAACAUGGCACUGAGUAGGACCGGACCUCUCAGCUAUACAUUGAGGGGGUUAGAGCACCCAUGUGGCCACCCUUUAUUUGUGCAGUAGGGCAGGUGCUGCUCUUUACUAUGUAACCUAAAAAGAUGUCAUUUCAUGUGAUGAUGAAGCAAAGAUAAGUCGUUUGUCAUAGUGAAUACUAUUAACAAAUUUGUUAGGGUUGGUGACAUCACAGAAUAUUUGUUUGUAUUGUCAGGUGUAUCUCCUUGUUAUUCUAGCUGGCACUGGAUGCUCUAAUAAUGUUAAGUCAUUGUCAAGCAGCAGUUACCUACCGUGUUCUUAACAAUGAGUUGUGAAUUUUUCUAAAGGAGUACUGUAGGACUUAAUAUUCCUCCGAAGAAACUGCAGUGAGCCUAUCAAUGUUUUUAAAAUUACUAUUAAGGCUUUUAAAAUAGAAAGCUGAUGCUUGAUCUUGCACAAUUUUUAUGUCUAGUGUGUAUGCUUGAGUGGGUGUGCAGGUGUGAAAGACUAUAGAGAAAUUUGAGUCAGUGUAUUUUACAGUGUGAGUCUUGUGAGCUAAUACAGUCUAUAACCAUUUCUUCCUACCAGUUUCACACUUGAGAGACUUGGGCUAUAGGUUUCUUGAAAGUUGGUCUGACAGAUAGAAUGUAAAUGACAAGAGAGUUCAUUACUGUAAAGUGCAGAACAAAGUGGAGUCUAGACCAGGGUUCCACGCAGCUCUUCAGAGUGUAAGUUACCCUGUUCUCUGCUCUACUGUAGACCCAAGAUGGCUCAUCUCUUUUGUAUUGAACCUCUUGUGAUAAUUGUAAAGUUUUUCCAGAUGUGAUUCUUUCUGCUAUAAUGGGAAAUUGAAGUGGAUCAGAUAAAAGUCAGAUGCACAGUGACGGGAAGAGAGAACAGUGCAAGAAGGCGACUAAUCAUGGACCCUCCUCCCCAGCUGCCCUGCUGCCUUCCUCUCCUUCUGUUGCCUCCAUCUGCAGCUGGAGGGCAGUGUCCCAAGUCAUCGGCUUUUGACUGUAAGGGAGGAAAAAGGAUGAUGUAUUAUAAGGUUGAAGUAGAAAGGAAGAAAAUUCAGUUUCUAAAAGAACAAUAGCAAUCUAGUGUAUCCUUGAUAGAGGAUGCCUGUUGCCAUGAGUUUGUGGACACAGAUGGACUGUGGCUUGAGGAAUAUGAGUGGGGAUUCUUCCUGCUCUGUAGUAGCUAGCCUUGAAAGGUGUAAACUUAGGAAACUUUUGUAAAGCACUGAUUAUAUAAGAUAACCCACAAAUUGUACACUUGUUAUAGAGUUUUUCCUAUUUCCUUACCUGAAUGAAAGUGUUAUUUAUUUAUUUUUCCUUAGGAAAAAGUGUUUGUUUCUUUUCCUGCUGGCAGCCUGCUUAUAUAGUCUCUUGUCCAUGCUGUUCAAGUUCCCGAAAACUCCAUUAAAACUUGCAUUUUAGAGGUUGAAUUAUUUUACCCUCUUUAGACAUUUACUGUCCAACAUUUGUUAGUAUAAUCAAAUUAUUCAGAGCUUCCUCUUAGGAAGUUAAAUUUGGUAUAAGGGGAUUUAAUGAUGAAUUACCUCUGCUCUUCUGUCGUGGUCCCUGAUGUGUGUCUUAGGAAGAAGGCUUUUUCAGGGGCUCAUUGGGUGGUUGGUUUUCAAGUCAAAUUUGAAGAACGUAGAGUCAGGACUGUGAAGUCCUAACUAAGCUUUCCUAAAGCAUAAAUAUUUACAUGAGGAGCUGGUUCUGUGGUCAUUAGUGGCAGGUCUCUACGUUUCUACUGAUGACCACAAGAUACAAGUGAAUUCUUUUGAAGGGCAAGUAUGGUUAGCACAUAUUCCUAUAUCUCAUAAAAAAGAGAUCCUUGCAAAUAAACUGCAGGUAGGCCGCCAAGCUUUAUCAUGCAGUAUGCUGCUAACACUGCUGUACUCACAGCGUUCUGUGAACCUCAUCCAUGCAGGUGUAGCUAUGCACAUGUGUAGGGUUGACACUGUAGACUUGUUACAGACGAUGCUAGCUAGAUUUUUAAGGGAGCUGAGGAAGUAAAUGAGUGAGCCCAAGUAAUUACAUUGAAAUCAUUGAAUUAAAUAGUUUAUAUUGAAGCCACAGACUUGAAAACAAAAGAUAACCUACUAUGAUUUAAACCAUUGUGUGAUAGCUCUUAGCCCAUUUUACCAAAGAGGACAGCUGCAGAUUCCUCCUCCUCUGAUACUAUCAGGACUUUCAUUUUAAUAUCUUUCUUAAACUGGGACCAAAUAAAUACUAUAAAAGAUGCAAUUUUCACAAUAAAUAUAUGCACAGGGAUUUUAAUUCCUUGAAAUUAAAAUCCUAGGAUUCUCUUAUUAAGGGGUAAUGUAAAGAAGCGAGAGCUCAUGUUACUUAGUCCCUAUCUUUGGGGGCAGAUUUUAUCUCAGGUAGUGUUUCUCUCCCUACGUUAAGAUUUGUGCUUCCUUCCUUCUCCUUCCUUCCCUCUUGCCUUCCUAGGUUCUUCUUUAUUCUUCCAUGGUACUGCUGUACAGUGACACAUUUUGUCCCUGAUAAGGCACAGAAGGCGAUUGCCCAAGGGGAAAUUUGGGGUUCUUUAGAAGUAUUCGGAGGAGGUGACUUGUAGCCAUUAUCAAAACUAUAAUUCUGUAGUUGGAAGAGAAUAAUAGAGUUGGGCACCCUAGAAAGGCACUGCCUGCAUUUCACCAUAAGUCUGCAUUUAUUAUGACUGGCUCCUCUUCUUCCUUUGUGGCCAUUGGCAGUGUCUCUCUUUGGGAACUCUUCCUCUCUGCUAAAUUGAGCUAAAUUUCUGGCUGCUUUUAGAAUCAAAUGACUGACAUAGUUCUACUCAUCUGUUUCUGUUUUAAUUGAGAGGAGUGUGGUCUUCUCAUCGUUCUGUAGCUGCUGAAGAGUGAUGAGAUAUGCUAACCUGCCGACAACUGUGCUGCCACCCAGGGAAAGGUGCAGAAGCAUUAGGGGCAUAAGGCUUCCUUCUGUCUUAGCACCCUAGACUUUCCCUCAGGUAAGGCAUCAGUUAGAGGAUGACUUAGAAGGGGGCCGAGGUUCAUGCUGUUUUAUGGCUCUUUUGAAUGUGGCAGGUGGCUGACAACUUGGCAUCAUUCUUGCUAGUUCUCCCUCCAGUUUACUAGGUUUAUUUUCUAGUCGCUGAAAAUGAGCAUCAUCAUGCCUACCUGGCGGGAAUUAUAGUAGUACAGUGGGUAGGGACACACUGGUGACCAUGCACUUUACCUAGACUCUCACCCAAGGGGUACGGGCUGGGCUCUUUAUUCAAGUUAGGGUACAGAUCAUGACUUUCCAUCUGUUGGAUGUACAGCUAGCUAAAGUUCUGGGCAAGUGCCUGUGUUUCCUGGCAAAUCUUAAACCUCAUCUGGCCAGAAGCUCCAGGGGAUGGCUGCACUGUCACCUUUUUCUUAGAAUAACUUGGAUUGACUCAUGUGAGGCCAAAAUUUUCUUAGCGUACUUUAACAAAAAAAAUGUAUAAAGUGAUCCCAGUUUGACUUAUUUCAGAAUUGCAUGUUGAUGGAAAGGCCAGUUAUCUGUCACAUCUGAUUCUGGGAUCUAGUUUCAUUUAUCAGGUUCCUUCUUCAGCGCUUACUGAUCCAGCUCUCUCUUUCUUGUAAGUUGUGGUCACUUGCACACCCAUCCUUGGUCACUUCUAGCUCAACAGAAUCCCCUUUUCUUGAGGUGCUCGGCAAGUUUCCUUUCUUUGCCUAGGGUUGGCACUCUCUCCUCAAGUACACACUGCUCUUGUUGAGGCUGUUGUGUGGCGUUCAUCUAGUAUGUUUAGAUUUUAGAUUCUUGGGAGGUAGGGUGUUCGAGACAGGGGUUUUCUGUGUAGCCUUGUCUGUCCUGGAACUAGAUUUUAGAUUCUUAAUCAUGGAGAAGCUUGGAUAUUUUAGUUUUUAGAGGGUCCCCCCUUUUUUUUUAAAGUGAAUUUUGAUCCUUUCUCUACCUUAUACCAUAGGAUGGAUCAUGAUUUUUAUCUUUGCCACCUCCCCCAGAUGGUGAUCACCAAUGGCGAAUGCUUUGUACUAUGACAGGCAGUUGGCAUGUACUAGGUAUUUAAGAAGGUAAACAACUUAGAGUAUUUUUGCUAUGACUUUAUAGGAGAAAUGAGCUGUCAAAAGAAAUAUGUACGAGCCAGAGAGCAUUUAGGAUAGGACGUUUUGGAGACAGGGUUUUGCAGUGUAGCCUAGACAGGCCUCCAGCUCAGGAUCUUCUGCCUCAGCCUCCCAAGUGCUGCUUGUCACAGAUGUGUACCUUCUUGCCCAGCUCUGUUAGGAAGUUGUUUUAUAGAUGGUUAUUUCAGUGUUUUUCAGGAUGUAAGACUAACACAAAAGUUUACACGAAUUUUGUUGUCCUGAUAACCGUUCAUUUUCUAUAGCUCGGCACUUUCCCUGACUCUUGUGCUGCUUAUGGAAGUGAUUGUUUUAAACUUGCUGUGUUUGUGCCUUUCAGAGUCAUAGUCAUGGUAGCUGUGUUUGCUGGAGUUCGUGGGAACCUCACUCAAGGAUGGCUGGAGUGCUAGACUGGGUAGCAGGCAUGAUAAUGCCAAGAAAAAUUGGUGGCUCUUUUGAAGGCUAAGUGUGCUUUGUGAACUUUCUUAGUGUUUAUUGGAAAGGCAGGCACACUUUUACUUGCCUUACGAGGUAAUUCAUCUCUGUUGUACAAAAGACGGCUGGUCCUGCUCUAAUUGGCUGUUAAAGCAAAGCAAGUCACAUUCUUAAGAAGACCAGAAUUGUUACUUUCUUGUUUGUUUCUUACUGAGAACCUUGUGUAAGCAGCAGCUACUGCCACCUUCAGCUACUGAUGAUCAGUGAGCGGGUCUCUAGCCAUUCUUUAAGAUUCUUGAUUGGACUCACUUCUCUCUGUCAGCUCCUCUUACUAUUCCUGAUGUCAUGACAGCAUGCAGAAGCAUUGUGCGCAUGCUGACUCAGACGCUCCUCCGUGACUUGAAUUCUUUUAGCUGUGUUACUCUGUUAGGAGGGUCAUCAGAAGGCUGUCAGAGAUAAGCACAGGGAGGACAGAGAUGGAUAUGAGCAGAGAGGAGGAAAAAUGACUCCCUCACUGGUGUCGGGAAUCUUCCACCUAGAGGUCAUAGUCUAAGAAUCUAGACUUUUUGCCUUUAGUUUAAAAACAUUGCCUUUCUUAUACAUUCCUCAUCCUUGUUUCCCUAGAAGACUGUUGUCAGGGUCUAUGAGGCCAGAUUAAAUACCCAUAUUCAGUUUCUCCUGAUUUUUUAAAAAGUAUUUCAAUUCCAGCCCUUGUGUAUUUGGUGUUCACUACUGUUCUUGUGAAUCAAGUCUCAGAGAGAAACUGGGGUCAGCCACCUCUGUCCUCCUGUUGCACGUAGGGUGGCGGCAUCCGAGUGUACUAAUGCAGUUACAGCACCUUGUGAAAAGGAGUGUGGGCGGUGUCUGUCAGAGGAAAACUGCAGUCUGCACUUCUGUGAACCAGAACAAUAUAAAGCUGUCACAUUUUUCCAGCAUAAUUUACUUUUCAUUCUUAGCUCUUUUUGAAAAAUCUUAAAAUACUUUAACAUUCCUUAAGUAGUGUCAAAUCUAGGGUAGAAGGCUUUUUCCCCCAUCCUAAAAAGGGCUCCAUCUUUUUGAUCUUUUUGUCACUCUUAGAAAUUUAUGCUCAGUACAUUUUAAUAGUUUCUGGUCUCUAUACUAUGUCAGCACUGGAGUGAUUGGUUGUGAAUAUCAAAACCUAUUACUGUUUUUCUUUGGAGACAUGAAAUUUCUGUUUUGGGCAUAGAAGGUCUGGUUUAAGCAACAUGUGAAAGACCACCUAAACCAAAAUCCACUGUAAGGGGCAUGACCUCCUGUUGCUUCACCUUCACCUUGAACAACAGGAACAUUUCAGUGCACAGUGAGGGGUUGUCUGUAACGUCUCUACCUGGGCUUUCAGUAGCGUGUUGCUCUUCGCAUUUCCUAAAGUUCCUGAUGCUAUCAUUCUGGUUUUUGUGGUGUUUUACUGCUUGUGUGUGAUAGAUUAUUGGUUUGUUUGUUUUUUUUCUUUUAUGUUGUUUGUUUGUUUGUUUGUUUGAACUAAGUGGGACUAUAAAUGUAGAUAGAUAUGUUUUAGUAACAAGAUGUUCUUUUUUCAAAUCCCUAAAUUUCUGCUUUUAUUAUCGGUCCUUCAGAUGUCUAUUUUCUUGCUGAAUAGCAGAGGAAUUUAUUUCCACCUCCCUAUAAAGUGUGAGCACUGUGUUUCAGCGAGCUGCAUUGCGUACUUUUGCUGAAAACUUCUCUGUAAACACAAUUGCCUUGUUGAAUUUUGUUGUAAACUGACUCGCCAUGCGAUGCACUGUUGAUAGCUUCCUGAUGUGUGGUGGAUAAGAGUGAUAAAAUAAAGCUUACAAA